GUCAUUGCGGGUGGACUUCAUCCCCUCAUCUGACAAGCAAAAGCACUGUUAUUCCUCUCCCUGCCUCAGGUUUCCCCUUAGUUCCCUGUAAGUACAGACACCCAAAGUACAAAGGGAAGAAUGGAGGCCAUUAAGAAGAAGAUGCAGGUGCUGAAGGUGGAUAAGGAGAAUGCCAUCGACCGGGCGGAGCAGGCUGAAUUUGAUCAGAGAGCUGCAGAAGAAAAGUGUAAACAGCUGGAAGAUGAGUUGAUUGCUUUACAGAAGAAACUAAAGGGAACAGAAGAUGAGCUGGACAAAUAUUCUGAAACUCUCAAAGACGCGCAGGAGAAACUGGAACAAUCUGAGAAAAAGGCAGCAGAUGCAGAAGGUGAGGUGGCAUCUCUGAACCGCAGGAUCCAGCUGGUGGAGGAUGAACUGGACCGGGCUCAGGAGAGACUGGCCACCGCUCUCCAGAAACUAGAGGAGGCUGAGAAAGUGGCUGAUGAGAGUGAAAGAGGUAUAAAGGUGAUUGAGAAUCGUGCGAUGAAAGAUGAGGAAAAGAUGGAGAUUCAGGAAAUGCAGCUCAAAGAAGCCAAACACAUCGCAGAGGAAGCCGAUCGGAAAUAUGAAGAGGUCGCUCGAAAGCUGGUCAUUUUGGAGGGCGAAUUAGAAAGGGCAGAAGAGAGAGCAGAGAUUGCUGAACUUAAAGGUGCAGAGCUGGAAGAAGAGUUAAAAAAUGUAACCAACAAUCUCAAGUCUUUAGAAGCCCAAUCAGACAAGUACUCGGAUAAGGAGGACAAAUUUGAAGAAGAGAUCAAAGUUCUCGGUGAUAAACUGAAAGAGGUUGAAACCCGUGCCGAGUUUGCAGAAAGGACGGUGGCCAAACUGGAAAAAACCAUCGAUGACCUUGAGGAUGGUCUAGGUCAGGCUAAACAACAGAACCUGGAGAUGCAUCAGGUCUUGGAUCAAACACUACAAGAGCUCAACAGCUUGUAAACUUGCGAGAGGAGAAAUCCACACAAAGAACAUUCCAGAUUUCCACGUCACUAUGGUGUUUUAUGUAAUGUGUUUUUGUUUCCUGAUAUGUUAUGUCAUUUUUUGGAAAUAUUUUCUACCUUUUCUAAUUGGUUAAAAUGUCCUGUGAUGCCAUUUGUCCAUGUUACAGAGGUCUAGCAUUGACCUUACAUUGUACUUGACCCAAACCUGUUUAAUGGCUCCAGUGCAGUGCACACUACAUUUUUCAGAGUUAGAUUAAAAAUUAUUGCUCAUUACAACUUGUAA